AUGAUGAUCGAGCUCAAGGGCAUGGUCGACUCCAAGAUAAGGAUGGAGUUGAAGGUGGGGCGCAACAACAGCAAGGAGAAGGGCAUAGUGGACGAGUCAAGGAAGCUCAAGGCCACCACACUCGUCGUCGGCACCAGCUCACGCGGCAUCUUUGGCAUUCGCGGGCGUACAGGAGUGGGGGCAUACUGCAUGAAGAACCGCCCGCCCACAGUGUCCGUAUACGUGGUGCUAAAGGACAAAGUCACCGCGUGCAGAGAGGCCGACUCGCCGCCCGCCUCCUCCGCCUCCGCUCCCACCAGCCCCGGCCACAUACUCCUGGCAUCGGCACCCUUCCGCCACAGCCCGUCCAUGUCCGCGCACCACCACCAGCACUCCGAUCGCUCCUCCACACACAGCUCAUCGGGUGUGCUAGAGCCCACCGACGGGCUUGGGUUUGAUGAUGCAGGAGGGGAUGAGGAAGCCGCAAGAACCAAUGGCGCGCAGCCACCUGGCGCAGACUACCCCACCAGCCCCACUGUCCACACCGCCCCACAGCCCUCCCGAGCCGGUACCUGGCCGCAUGACCAUGCUGGUGCUACCCCCACCACGCCUGACGGUUUGCCCGGCUUCCAAGCCUACUCCCCAGGCUUGGCCGUACCUCACAGCAUGCCCGGGGCGUCCCCGGCUUGGAAUCCCGGGGACGGCGGCGGCGAUAUAGACAGUAUGGUCCAGAUGCAGAUGCAGCAGCUGCAGCUGCAGAACCAGCAGCAGAUGCUGCUACUGCAGCAGCAGCAGCAGCUGCAGCAGCAGCAGCACAUGCAGCAGAUGCAGCUACAGCAGGUGCAGCAGCGGCUACAGAGGGAUUAUCUAGCAGAAGUAGACGCGUGGAGGAGGGCCAACCCACAAGCGACAGCAGAGCAGCAGCAGGCCUUCAUGGCUGAUCUCGAAGCGCGAAUGGCCCAUGCCACAGCAGCCCUCGCGGGCAUGCCUCUCCCUGACGCCGCUGCUACUGCUGCCAGACUCAGUGGUAACCAGCAGGCCGCGUUCGGCCCUGAGGGGGGUCAAUUUCAACAGCACGCUCGGCCCGAGCCUCGGGUUCCCGCGGCACAGGGAGUGGCGCGGGAGGCGGAUGCAGCUGCGAGGAUCGGGCAGAUUGCUGUAGACGCGGAGAGGGCGCGGGCAGCCGCGGAAGAGGGGAGGAGGGCCGCGGAAGAGGAGGUGGGGAGGCGAGAGGGGAGGGGAGAAGAGGCGGAGAGAGGGGGGGGUGGUGCAGGGGGGGCGGCGGGGGGAGGGGAAGCAGUGGCACCGGUGGUGCGGCGGGUGCAUCACUACAGGGAAUACUCGUAUGAAGAAAUUCUGGCAGCGACGGACAACUUCAGUGCAGAGCGCAAGCUGGGCGAGGGGGGGUUUGGCACCGUGUACUCUGGCACUCUGCACCACACGCCCGUGGCCGUGAAGCUGCUCAAGAGCCAGGACUCCAUGCAGGCCAUGGCGGAGUUCCAACAGGAGGUGGAGAUUCUGAGUCAGAUACAGCACCCGCACGUGCUGAUGCUGCUGGGGUGCUGUCCGGAUCGCUACGUGCUCGUCUACGAGUACCUCGCCAACGGCUCUCUAGAGGACCGCCUCAUGCGCCUCAACUCCACGCCCCCCCUCCCCUGGUUCGUCCGCAUCCGCAUCGCCGCCGAAAUCGCCUCCUCGCUCCUCAUCCUGCACACCCGCCCCGUGCCCAUCGUCCACCGGGACUUAAAGCCUGGGAACAUUCUGCUCGAUAAGAAUUUCGUCGCGAAGCUAGGGGAUGUGGGGCUCGCGAAGCUUAUGCCGGGGCUGUCUAUGGAGAGGACGUGCGACCGCGAGUCGACCCCGGUGGGGACGUUCGCGUACGUAGACCCGGAAUUCCAGCGAACUGGGGAAUUCGGCCCGAAAUCCGACGUGUACGCGUUCGGCAUAGUCCUCCUAGACCUCCUCACAGGCCGCACGCCCACUCUGUACGAAGCCCUCGAACUUGCCGUGGAGAACAACCGGAACGAUGAACUGAUGCGGUUCUUGGACCGAGGAGCCGGCACGUGGCCGCAGGGCAUGCCGAUGGAGAUCGCCAGGCUGGCGAUUCAUUGCAGCGAGAUGAAGAGGCGGAAGCGGCCGGAUCUGGAGACGGAGGUGAUGCCGAUUCUGGAUCGGAUGCGGAGCGUGGCGAUCAAGGUGGAGGAGGAUGCGAAGAAGGCGUCGCUGGUGCGCCCCGUGGCUGCUGCUCCGCCCUGCCUCUUCUGCCCCAUCACCCAGGAGCUGAUGGUGAAUCCAGUGAUAGCAGCGGACGGGCACACGUACGAGCUGGUGGCGAUACAGCAGUGGCUGGAGAAGAGCGACCGCUCGCCCAUGACCAACGUGCGCCUGCCCUCCAAAGCCCUCGUGCCCAACCGCGCUCUCAAAUCCAUGAUCCUCGACUGGCGCGAGACAGGCGGGUCGGAGUAG